AUGCGGUGGCUCGGCGAUGCCUUCCCGACAGGCUCCAGUCCCUUCCUGUCUGGUUAUCCAGGCCCCUCCCCCCUGACCUCUGAACCUGCGUACAGAUCGGCCAAUCCCAGCAGCCUGCAGAUGGCUCAGCUCUGGGCAUCACACGCUCAUGAAGGCUACCCCCCGCUGCCCAGCAGCCUGUACUCCAGCCCCUACCUGUCCCUGGGGCACCUUGAACCUCCCUCGCUGUCCCAGAACCCUCUCUACGACUCACAUAAAGAGAGUUUCUACCUGCCAGCCUCCUUGAGCCAGUCUCCUCUCCAUCCUCCGGCUGCGCCCCCGUCCGCCCUGUCCAACUCCACGCCCCCUCAGAGGACGUCCCGGGACUGCGGUAGGGACCGGCUCUACCGGGCGGAGAGGGAGAGAGAGAGGGACAGGGAGCGCGAGCGGUCAAGAGAGGAGCAGCGACCUCACAGUGUGGUGGACCUGACGCAAGAUGGGCGGAGCGAGGAGGAGCGCCGGGCGAGGAGCGGUGACCGGGAGCGUGAGAAAGAAAGGGACCGGGACACGGAGAGAGACAGAGAUGGUUGGUCUUUUCAUUCUCACCUCCACCAGCAGAAAUCACACUCUCAUCCCUCCACAGUGGAGGCCAGAUCCAGGCCUUCUCCUCUACAGCCCUCCUUCCCUUCAGCUGGGGGUGGGGGCAGGUUCCAUGUACCAGAAACGGACAGGAGGAGUCGGGAUGAAGAGGGCGGCUCUCGACCCCAUCACAACCAUAACUCAAACUCUCAAUCCGACAGACUGAGACGGAGCGAUUCUGUGGCCACUUCAGCUGCGAACCUCCAAAUCUCCUACGCCCUUCCCCCUGUGCUUGCUGGUCUGCCUCACCCCUCCACGCCCAGAGACCCUAACAGAGAACAGCGAGUCACCGCACCGACAUAUGUGCCUUCUGUGGAGGUUUACGACGAGCGGGCCGGGCCUAUCCAGAUCGCCUCACAGGCCCGCGACAAACACAGAGAGCGUGAGCGGGAGAGAGAAAGGGAGCGUGAGCGGGAGAGAGAAAGGGAGCGUGAGCGGGAGAGAGACAGGGAGCGUGAACGGGAGAGAGACAGAGAGCGUGAACGGGAGAGCUACAGGUUUCCUGAGAGGAGCCUGAUGGAUCAUCCUCGACUCUCCCAGUCCGGCGAUUCAAACAAUCAAAGAGAGGAAGGUUCAGUCAUUUGUUCCAAUGGUUCCAUUGGUAAACGAGGCCAGGACACAUCGUACUCCUCCAGUCAAUCAAGGUUCAGCCCAGAAACCAGGGACACCUCCAAAAACUCAAUCCGAUUGAGUAUAGAGCGUGCAGGGGCGGAGCCUAAGUGGAAUAACAUCAGCCCAUUGGCUAAUUAUGCCACGACUCACAUGGCUGCUCUGGCAGCUCAACACGGACACACACUCUCCUCCCCCCACAGCCAACCAACACAAACAAAUGUCAAACAAAUGUCCCCACACACAAGUCACCGUCCCAACAACAACCCACACCCCCACAGCCAUUCUCCCCAGACUCACACCUCCCAACAUGGACAUGGGCGUUCAGGUGAGGAGGGGAGUCAGAGACGCUACCUGGACCCAUCAGCUCUCUACCGACCCGGGGGGUCACUGGUAGGAGGGUCCAGUGGGGGCGAGCGAGUUGUGGGGGCCGAAUCAGACCCCCCGGAGGUUUCAGCCAUGCAGAGUCUGAUCAAAUACAGUGGAAACUUUGCUGCUGAAGGUCCUGGGUCAUCCAGGCUUGCCGCGGAUGGCCGAGGGCCGUUUGGGGGUCUGGGUAACAUUGGCAUGGAUGGUGAAAGAGAGAGGGACCGGGAAAAAGAGCGAGACCGGGAAAGAGAAAGAGAGAGGGAAAGGGUAUUGGUCGGAUCUGGGGGUUCAGGGGCGUUGAGGGUUCCCCCCCAGCUGAAGAGGGAGCAGGAGCGGCCGGACAGCGCUCGCUCUUUUGGCCGGGAAGGGGAGGGCGAGGUGCGGCACCCUCCGGUUGGCAUCGCUGUCGCUGUGGCCCGACAGAGGGACAGUGGGAGCAGCAGUAAACCAACCAGUGGACCCUCAGACACACAGAGACCCCACCUGCAAACAGCUAUUAAAG